AUGCGCCACGAUACUCGCAUAGUCGGUCCGGCUUCAGUACAAAAGUCUUCUGCAGAUCAACAAGUCCAAUCGUAUAAGACUCAUCAGGCUCCUGUGUUGGUUGCAAAAGGUCCUGGAGAUAAUGCAACUUCGAGAUUUAGAGGAUCGAGCACAUUAUCAUUCACCAACACCGUACCAUACAAUGCAAUGACUGCUCCGGAGAGCAACAUGGAUCAGGUAGAUGUUCUCACCGGCGACAAAGAUUCGACAUCAAAUAAGAGCAAGGAGAAGAAGGCUAAGAAAAGCAAGUUCUCCCCGAAUUCCACGGCGGUUUCUGCCAUCUCUGAUAAUCAACUCUACUCGGGACUAAGCGACAUGCACACCGGUCUUUUUUUGUCGACGUAUAACGGGAAUCGUGCCUCAGCACCUCGUUCUAAGGAUGCCAGAUCGACAGGUUUUCCUACAGAGUUACCUCCGCGUCCUGUUCCCCGGCCGCCACUGCCUAUCAGAGUGACCGCGGAGGCUAGAGCGCAAUUUGCCGCCAGGAAACAGGACGAGAGAUUAGCUCUAGAGCGACGCUUGGCAGAGCCUCAUCUUGUCCGACGCACUGUUUCUACCAAUAAUAAUUGGGGUUUUAGCUUCUUCCAAGGUCUUACCUCUAAUUGCUGGGCUGCGUUCGCCGUCACACAAUUUGGAUUUUUAUCAACGGGAGUUAGCGUGGGUGUCGUCGUUACAAUUAAGAGCACAGCCAGUCAGUCAUCCACUAGUAAUAUCAGUGUAGUGGUUAUCUGGUGGUUGGUGCUUAGUUUGAUCCUUCUGUGUGUUGGAGGUACAACCUUUGGCUUCAUGAUCUGCCGCGAAAGUGCAUAUCAUCCUCGCGGCGGAUUUAGACAACAUGCUGGCAGCCGAGAGAUUGUGGAUGGAAUUAUUGGAAGUAGGGAUCUGGAAAGCGGCCAUCACGGACAACGAUCUUUCGAAAUGGCUCCUAGAGCUAAUGCUAUUCGUCGGGAGGCCUUGUCGACUUUCGAUGCUCCUCAACGAGUCCAAAAUUCCCAUACUGAGGUUCUUCGGCCUAAUAUGGAGAUAUAUCAAAGAGGACCAACUAACCACCAUGGAUUCGAACAGGUUCCUACGUAUGGCGCUGGAGAAGGACCACAUUAUGGGCCUUACCGUUUAGACAGUCCAGAAGUUGAAAAUUAUGACUAUAUGUUAGCGAAUCCAACGACGCCCCUAAUGACGCCCCUAACGCCGUUACCACAAGCUGUCUUAAAGCCAGUAACUUCUCGGAACAUCAAAGAUUUCCCAGUUCACCAUCAUACUCCCAGUAAACUAAGUGGAUCUCAUUCAGCGAACCCUUCUUUGCCCGAUGAGGCUUACGGUACAAUGGGUGUUCCUAGUUGGACAUCGACCAGGAGUAGGGAUAGUUUGGUAGCAGCUGCACCACAUCGAAACUUGGCGAUGAAGAACCUCCUUGGAGAAACAGCAGCUCCCGAGAACUCACUUAACACUACGAAUACUCUGAACAGAGACCGAGGCACCAUAGAGUCCGUAGCACCAUCCCAGACAUCUGUAUAUUCAUACAUGCCAUCAGCCCACCCCUUACAUCGUACACCCGCGGAACUGCAGCAGCGACAGGCAGUGGAUACUUUCGUACCCAGUAGUCCCAACGCAUCUUGUAUGAGUUCAAGAAUCGACUUGGACAAGGCAAUGCCACCUACCCUCAAACGGGUCGAGACUGAGGGGCCGCUAGAGAAAUUGGAGAAAAGUUUCACUCAGCAGAGUGAGAAAAUCGUUUUCGGACAACAGUUUUCCCCUCCACUUGACCUUGGUGACAGACCUUUGGUGGUCUGUCACAAGCGUGUCGUGAAUGGAAGACUUAGACAAUACGGAUCGCGUGAAGACAAUCUCGAAGCUGCACCUGCCGUUGCAAGCAUCAGUAGUAGCAAUAAUCCUCGUCGCAGACCGGAGGCCCUUGACCAUUGUACAACACCGCAGGCUACUAAUGGUGGUAUACUUUCCAGAUUAAAUACCGGGGACAGCUCUACAUUAGAUAAUACCAACCAGACUGACUCUACCUUCGCCUCACGAAACCCCUACCGCGAUAGCAUGAAUGAUAAUUGUGAUAACAGUCCUUGCAACAUGGAAACUUUACCAGCUACGUUCUACACAGGCAGUGGGAAGGGGAAGGGUUCAGCAUACGAAUGA